CAUAAUGACAAGAUGUGUGACGUAUGUAGUGGUAGGUCGCCGGGUGUGUGUUUUAUCAGUAAUCAAAUUGAGUAAAAUUUUAAAGUGAUUAUGAAUCAACAGAUGGAUUCCAACAUUAGGCACAGAAUAGGUGUCAUACAGGGCGCAACAAAUCAAGGUGUCGACGACUGUGGUGGAUUGGGUAACGUUUGGUCACCUGACUUAAAAUUUGACGGUCGUGUUUCACCCAUUGAUCCAGAAAUGAGUAAACUGAAGCUUCAGACCACCAUUCAGCGGAUACGAUCAGAUCUGGUGCAGGAUAUUGAUCAGUUACUGCAGGAAAAACUUGAAGCGAUUCUCAAUGAAACAGAUGAUGUGAAAACCCAUCAGGAAACAGAUUCUCCACAGAACCAGUUUCCCAGAAGGGACCAUUUAGCCGUAAAGGAGUUUAAAGCAAGGGAGUCAGUUCUAACAGACUUGUUUGGUAAUAGACACAUCCAAACUAUUUACAACAUAUUUGUGGCGCUUAUGAUUGUCUUCAGCCUGAACACAUUGGUGUAUGACUUGUUAGUUCACGGCCGGAUAAUGGUAAAUUUUAACAUAAUUUCCUGGGCCUUUGGCAACUUACCAGGAGUUCUCUGGAUCUGGGGCAUUAUGCAGCUUUACACGAUGGUCAUCGUUUUUUCACUCUUUCAAUAUUGGGCUAACGAACGACAUAAAACCAUGCACCUACCUGACGUUGUCUGGCUCUGCUUUUACAUACUUCUGCAACUGGUUUUCUUCAUCUUCCCUAUUCACGCCGUUGUACACAAUCAGCUUCCUCCUGCUUCGUCAAUUAUUAUUCUCGCUGAACAAGCUCGUCUGAUGAUGAAGUCGCAUGCGUUUGUGCGUGAAAACAUUCCAAGAGCUAUUGCAUGGAAGCCCCACUCAGAUGCAGACCUAACUAGAAGAGCUGCUCUGCAACAACUUACGGAGGAAACCACUUUACGGAAUGGAGAGAUCAAACCAGAGUUGGCAGAGAUCGAGGGACCUUGUCCAGACUUCUCUAAGUACUUGUACUUCCUGUUUGCACCUACUCUCGUUUACCGUGAACAUUAUCCACGUACGUCUAAGAUCCACUGGAAUGUUGUCAGGACGAACUUAGUUCAGGUGCUCGCCUGUCUGUUUUUUACCUACUAUGUGUUUGUAAGGUUUUGCGUCCCAGUCUUUAAGAAUUUUGGCAAAGAAGAUUUGACGUUUCACAACUUGACACUAGCCUCCUUUAGUGUCAUGCUUCCUGCAACGCUUGUCCUUGUUCUGGGGUUUUUUGCAAUACUCCAUUCGUGGUUGAAUGCCUUUGCUGAGAUGAUGCGUUUUGCUGACAGACAGUUCUACAAGGAUUGGUGGAAUGUGAAAACGUAUUCAAAUUACUACCGGACUUGGAACAUCGUGGUUCAUGAUUGGCUUUUCACAUAUAUCUAUCGAGAUCUGCAGAUUUUGGGUUUUAGCAAGUUCGCUUCGAUGAUGGCCGUGUUCGUAAUAUCUGCAUUUAUUCAUGAAUUUAUUCUGGCAGUGUCCCUCAAUUUCUUCUAUCCAGUAUUAUUUUUCAUGUUUGGUGGAGUUGGAGUAAGCUUCACGUUUUUGCCAGCCAAGAGCUCAUCCCAACCAUGGAAUGUAUUUGUGUGGGUGUCCUUGUUCAUUGGGAGUGGAGUGUUAAUGUGUCUGUACAGCCAAGAGUGGUUUGCAAGGAUCAACUGCCCUCGAACAAUAGAAUCCUAUUGGGACUUUUUUAUACCAAGAAGCUGGACGUGUAAUAUUUCAAGUGCCCUUGGUGAUUCGCAAUAAUCUCAUAAAUAAUUAUUACGAGACAAUUCCUAAGAUGCGACAUCGUCUCACCUUGGCAGGGCAACAAUUUUUAUUUGGAGGAUGAGGUUGAUUUUGCAUUGGAAGGAGAUGAAUUAUUGAUUAAGAUGUCACUGUCUGAAUAAUAUGUGUUGAGAAAUUAUAUUAGUUGAAUCAAUAAUGAAAAUUAAAUAGCCAAAAUCAAUAAUGCCCUUCACAUGUUUCGUCUCGGAAAGAGACAUGAUUUCAGAAAGUUAGAAUAUAUAAUAUAUUUAUCAUACAAGGAUCUUCACAAUUAUACGAAGUCCGAUCUAAAUUAGCAUUUUUAAUACAAGGAAAGGGAUUCAUAGUUUUACAUGAGCAUAACCAAAUUGAACAGUUUUAUUUUAAGUUUUUCUAUAUAGAAUGACUGAAUUGAAAUUCAUAUGUGAUCAGGUGCUAUUUAAUUUUAAUGAAUAGUAUUUUAAUAAUAUAUUAAUUUAUAUUGAAUAUAAUAUAGUAUAAUAAUAAUAUAAUUAGUAUGAUAGAAUGAAUAAUGUAAUAUUUUUAUGUAAAGCGAUUACAUCUAAAAUUUUAAAAACAAUGGGGUUUGGUGCAGCAGUUGGGAGUUUAAACCAUGGGUUGACCAAUCUCGGCCAGCCAUGCUUAGACACCCAUGUUGCAUUGUUGACAGGCUGUGAACAGAUCCACUCUGUUUCAGUCAAAAAUGCAAGCAUUUAAGCUGCAUACCAAUACUAUUUUAUAGUAUUCAUGAUUGUAAAACAUUCCAUUACUAUUCCAACAACUUAUUUGUUUACAUUUCAUUACUACAUUGCAAUAGUUCUUUUAUAACAUCAUAGUAAAUAUAUAAAAUGACAUCACAUCACAAGUAAAUUCUAUAGUAUUGCCUUUAGUUGUUUCUUCAUACUUGAGUCACCAAAUUAUAAUGCAUAUAAUACUGACCCACCAUUGUUGGGGUUGAGAUGAGAACAUUUUUGAGAUUAAUGGACCACAAGGUACCCGGAAAUUGCAUUCUCAUACUUUUUAAAUCUUACUGGUACUAUAAUUCAUGAUAUAAAUAAUAUAUCAACAAUACAAUACAAUACAACAGUUAUUUUUCUUAAUGCUAUAUAAGGGUGUGCGGUUGCACCCCCACCACCCUGGCAUCCGUCCCAGCUUUAGUUAAUUAUAGUAUAGCCAAGGGCCUCAAGCCCGUUUGUAACACCACUGUUUAUACUUUCCAGUACAUUGUAGUCGAGUCACACUCAACAUUGGACAGCCAUGACUGUAUUUAAGUACAUUGAAUACUGCAUCAUUAUAAAAUACAGUUGAACAUAUGUAAACUGUACAAAACAAUCAUAAGAUAACUUAAAUCAAAGCAAAGAAGGAAAAAUAAAACUAACUUUUUUUCAAUACAUUAUUUUAGAAACGUAAUUAAUUAAAUACAGUACUAUUGUUUAAUUUUGUAAUAGAUAUUUUUAAGCCCUGUCCAGACUAUAAAAUUUGUAU